AUGCCUAUUCGCAAUCCCUUUCGCCGCGCGGGUGUGCCUGAGGCCGCCGAUGAGGCCCAGCGGAGCGCGCCGGAGAACGGUUUCAAGAGCACAGCUGUCUCGGGCGCAACGCCCCUGCAGGUCAAGGACCCUGUAGAAUACAAAUUGAGUGAAAUAAACGAUAGCGGCGUCUACCUACCGCCAUCCCCACAGCACGAGAAGCCUACCUUCUGGCACUCCAAGUCCAACGUCUCCACCGCUUCCUCAAAUCACCGAAGUCUGCUCAGCGAAAACGAGCCGUUCAGCAUUUCGCGUGAGAGCUUCGACUCGUACAGGAGGUCAUUUGUACGUGUUGCGAUCAGUGGCAAACAAGACCCCGCUCACGAGACACAGGAUAUCUCUGCGCGCUCCCCAAUCCAAGACAAUGUCCACGAAACCUACCCUCGUCAGUCGCUCGAUGCGCGCCGCUCCGUUGACACUAGACGCUCUCUCGAUGUCCGCCGUUCGCGCGCCACACCCCGCUCGUCAAUGCAACAACCCCGCCAUAGCGAAAGCCACGAGCAAGUGCCUGAGGAGGGCUUUGAGGACGUGGGCCUAAACGACGAGCCGAAGCCCCAGCCGAAGAAGCGCAGCAUCUUCUCGCGCUUCGGCGACAACAACCAUGCGAAUGAGAAGACUGAAGAGCGACCUGGCUCGAGCCAUCACUUCUCUUUGACAGGCCGGAAGAGGGCUGAGAGCGGGGCAGGCUCAGAGCUGAAGCCUAUGCCAAAGCCGUCAACGGAGGCGCCCGUAGAGGCGCGGUGA